AAGAAGAAAUGGCUCCGGUUCAAGAAAUGGAAGACAACACCAGUUGUCCCGCGGGCGGGUCAAAACGAUUCGAAUGUCAAGUUAUUGGUCUUCCCCGUCCGUCCGUACGCUGGUACAAAGAUGGUGUUAAUAUCACUACAAAUACAAGAUAUAAAUUUGAAUAUACACCUGAUGGCUGCGUGGUAUUGGUUUUAGAGAAUGUAACAGCUAAAGACCAAGGAGUGUACUCAUGUAGAGCUCAGAAUUCGGAAGGUAGCGCGGAAACUGUGGCGCAACUCUAUAUCAAAGGUAAAAUAUCUGAAGCUGACGGAGACACCCCAUCUAUCCAUACUAUGUCUUCAUUUAAAAAGGUCGAAAAUGAUGAUGAAAUGACACAGAGUCAAAGGCGCCCUCUUGUGAUUGGAAUGUCCAUUGACUCAGACAAUGUGCCACCAUCAGGAGACGAAACAGCUUUAGACAAAACUGACGGCACUGGAGACAAUGAAAAUGUCCAUGAAAGCGAAGAGAAGGGAACGAUAGAGACCAAACAGCAAAAAUAUGGAAAGAAAUUUGAUACUGGUGAUGAAGUGGAAAAUGAAUGCUCAGAAUCAGAUGAAGAAACACAAAAGGAUGGAGAACUUGCAAAUGUGGUAGUGGAUCUACUUGAACUAACAAAAUUCGGAAAUUCUGGACGGCGGCUCACGACAGAUAGUGGUAUUACAUCACGAGGGAGUUCUUUCUCAAGUGAGCCUGACAUAAAUAUCACAGAGGAAUCUAUACAAGAAAUGAAGGAGUAUCUUCAUGGGAAAGCUGAUGCUCUGUAUCAACCGUUUGAACACGACAAAGUAAAAGACAUCAAUGAGUCUGACAUUAAAACUGUUAUGGCUCGAAGUGAAAAGCUCGCCACGAAUGAAAAAGCAGAACAUUUAAAAAGUCAAAUUGUGAGUAUGGCAAAUCUUAGACAGGAGAAAUAUAAUACAGAUCGUGUAAAUGAACUAGACGCAAGUGUUUUAGCUGGCAUGUAUCUGUUCGAUACAGGUCCUUCUAAGUUAGAUGAGCACAGGCAUGGAAUUCCUUCACUUGAGCUCCUUGUCCGGAAAGAAGCGUUAGAAGCCAUACCAGAUGAUGAAAGGGGUAAUGGUAAAUUUGAAAAGUUUGUCUUAGAUUCCAAUAUAUCUAAUACGGAAAAAGAAAUGUCUCAUACACUUGUGGAAUACCAAACAGCUGAAAUAAUACACGAGUCUGAAACUGGUGAAAACAAUAAAGUUGAAAUCCUGAAUGCAAUUAACAUCGAAAAAAAUAGUGAAGCUGUUCGAAUACAUGAAGCAGAAAAACAUAUGAAAAUAAAAACUGUCAGAUACGUUGAGGACGAUGAGGAAGGAAAGGACGAAAUAAUUGGAGGACAGGAAACUCUUAAUAACUUAGCUGAAGAUAAGAGUAGUGAUAAGAUGACCAUGAAACACGAUAUAGACCUUCUAAAUAAGGAAGAUGAAAGCAGGAUUAACAAAAUUAAACGUGGUAUGAAAACUGAUGAUGAAAUAAAAGAUGAAACUACUAGAACCCUUAUUCAUACCGAUGCCGAUAUUGAAACAGGUAGUUCAAAAGAAGCAGUGGACAAAUCCAUUGGCUUAUCGUCUUCUUCGGAUGUAAACACUAGCGGUAUGAAUGACUUAUCUCAAGAUUUGAAUGUUGAAAUUGAAACACCAGAAGUUAAGACUAAAGAAGACAGUCAAAAUAUAGUUCCGUGUGAAAUUGGCGAAUAUGUAGAUAUAAUUCCAAUAAGCACCAUUGAUAGAUCAGUUGACCUUGAACAAUCAAGUAGAGUAAAUGCAUUUGAAGAUCAAGAAAAAUUUAGAGAAAAAAAUAAUGCUGACACAAAUGAAAACAAAGAAGAUGGUUUGCUUUCAGUCAGCAACAUAGUUGAGGAUGAGGAACCCGAUACAACUACUGCAUUUAAAGACAACGACAUUGCAACCGAUGAACAGAGUCAAGUCAGCUUGUCUGAAUCAAAUAACGUGAAAGACCUCGACGACAUUAAAUCAGAAACACAUCCGUCACAAGAGUCUCCAGACUUAAAAGUUGAAAGUGAAGAUGUACUGGAACACCAAAAUGAAACUACUGAAAACGACGAAAACUUUGCAGAAGACGACUCAAUAGAAAACAAUGAAGAUAAAAAUCAGUUGAACUGUAAGGUAAUGAAAACUGAUAUCUCCGGAUUACUCGACCAUGAACAGAUCGAUGACAGUGAAGGAAGAAUUAAGGCUGGAAAAUAUUUAUUUGUGAAUGAAGACUCAAGUGAUAUAAAUAAUAAGCAUAGCCGUGAACACGAAUACCAUGUGAGACAUGAACCAAAGACUAUGGAGGAAAGCGAAGGACUUAAUCCAGAAGAUCCAACUUUAACACAUGUUGACAGCAAAACCAGCGAAAACAAUAAUAACGAUUUUAGCUUCGAAGCUGGUGUAGCGGAAAAAAAUCUUGAGAAUGACACUGAAAUACGAGCUGACAGCUCUACUGUUUAUUCCGAAAGGAAAAGCGAAAAUGUAAAUGAUCCUUCAGUCGAAGCGGAUUCAUGUGUGUAUACGAAAAUUGAGGAAUCCAAGACAGCAGAUAAUAAAAGCAAACGCCGCUCUUCCGGUGAAGAAAAUGCAAGUGACCGUAUUAUCAAUGACAGUUCUGAAACAGAACUUGUAUUUUCAUCAACAGAUAUAAAGAAAAAGGAUAUCACAAAUGGUACAAGUCUUGACGAUAUUAAUGUUGUGGAAGAAAUUGCGACAAAUGAGGCAGAGUUAAAAUCUAUUGAAGAAACAUCUGAAAUGAAAUCCGGUUCAGUGCAAGAAAUUGCUCAAAAUGGUAUAAAUAAAAUAAAGAACGAACGCACAGAAACGCAUGUAAAAGAAUAUAGUGGAAAUUUGGAUGAUUCUACUGUGACAAUAGAUAACAAGUUUAGGCCACACAAUGCAGAAAUAAGCCAGCUUCAAAAGGUUUAUGAACAUAUUGAGGUACCCAGAAAAUCAAAGGAGGUCAUACUGUAUUCAGCCGAUGAGAAUUCAGAUAGCGGCAGAAAAUUCUCGGAGCCGUUGAAAGAUAUUGAUUUGGUACAUUUAGAUGAAACAAAACCGGAGGUACCAAAUAUCAUCAAUAUUCAAAAUAACUUUAAGCAAAAUGAAAUAAAAAUAAAAGAUGCCAGUUUAACAGAAGAAAUCGAAAACAAGAGUUUGUCUUUGAAAGACUUGUCGGAAGAUCAAUACGUUAUUAGAGCAAAAGAAACAGAAGCUACAAAUAGUCUUGUAGUUGCAUCAGCUGAUGAGAUCAACAUGGCGUCAUCGGAAAAUGAAUCAUUUCUUAUUGAAAAUAGUCAAAUGGUUCAACACGAUGGAACUGGACUAAUAGGAAACAAAAAUAUUACUGGGGAAAUAAAUGAUAUUUCUGAUAGUAAAAUGAAAGAAGGUGUUAAAGAAUUAAUUGACAAAGAAAGUGUUAAAGAAUUACAAACGAACAAAGUCGUAGAAAAGGAGGAUGAAGUAUCUGAACAAGAAAUAUCACCACAAACAGCAAAGACGGAAUCUGCAGUUAUAGAUCUUGACAAAUUAGAUAAUGUUACUUUUAAAGAAAGCGAACAAGAAGUGUCUGAACAACAAGUAAUUCCAGAGUAUUUGAAGAAAGGAAGUGAAGUCCCUGGCAUUGAAAAACUUUGUACUGUUGAAAAAGCUAUGGAUGAGUCGAUAAAGACAAUGCAAAGCAAUGCAUAUUCAAAUGAAGUGAAUGAAGAAUACAUAAUUCCGGAGAGCGCAAAUAAAGAUAAGGCUACACCUGAUAUACUUGAGGAUAAACAAUUGGUGGAAGAGAUACGUGCACCAAAGGAAGGCAAUUCUGAGCCUACAGUAGAAGUUUUAUCAGAUGACACAAAUGUACAGGUGACAGAGGGCAUUCCAGUAAAACUCCGUUGGAAAAUCAGAGGUAUAGCACUUUCGAACGUGAACAUUUAUAAAGAUGGGCAGAAAGUUGAGACGAGUGGCAGCAUCCAUGUAGAUAUUUCGGACGACAUAAUUUCGCUGAGUAUUGACAACGUCACUAUUACUGAUGAAGCAGUCUACUGUGUAAGAAUACAAGAAUCAGGGAGAGACUACGGUGAAGUUAGAUUGAAAGUCGACACUUCUGUCAGUACUGAAGGAAAGGAGAGUGCUGCGCCGGAGGAGCCACAGUUUGUUGUAGAGCCGGUUGUGGAUGUGGAAGAUGGGAGGAGGUUGUCUAUCAAGUGUUCUGUUACUGGAUUUCCUGCACCAGAAGUUACUUGGUAUCACCAGGGGAAAGAACUGGAUCAAGAUGCAUUAUGGGAGAUCUACAGCAAAGAUGGCUACCACUACCUUGGUGUGGGUGACCAGUCUGUACUGGACUGUGAAGAGAUUGUAUGCCGGGUAGAAAAUGAUCUUGGUUAUGUACAGAGAGUAGUAUGUGUGAGAAGAGAUGGAGAGGAAGUAUACUGUGAACCAGUUUUGCCACCUGUAAGUCCAGAGCCGUCUGAGGUUACAGAGUUAUCUCCAAGCAUAGAAAUAGAGAUCUCGGAAAUAGUUACUGCCAACUUAAGAAAACUUCCACUGGCCAGUGAUUAUACAGACAGGCUAAAUUUCGUUACAUUAAAUGCUGGUGAUGUUAUUGAAGUUCUUGCCUAUGAGACAGAAGGAAAAGUCCUUGCCAGGAACAUGCCUCACAAAGAUAAGGUGUGUUAUAUCCCUGUACAAGCUUUGACUGUCAGUGGUGACGUAAGCAGCCAGGUAUGUGAGAACGCAGCAAUCAAAAAUAACACCGAGCUUACAGAACAACAAUUAUACCAGAACAAAGAAGAGGCAACCAUGCCUGAGAGACGUAAAAUGAAGUCGCCCAGUCCGAAGAUGACGAGUACGCCCAAGAUGAAGCGUAAAGAAAUGGACACAGAAUCAUCCGAGGAACUACAGAAAAGACUGGGCUUCAGUGAUAACUUAGCACAAAAGAAAGAAUUUUCGACGAAAGAUUCGGUUGAGUUCACAGAAUACAAUGAUGGCACAACAAGACCAAUGUUCAAAAAGAGACUUAAAAGUGUUACAGCUAAAUCUGGAGAAAUGGCUCAGCUUGAAUGCACAGUUUCGGGUUCUCCACUUCCCAAAAUCCUUUGGCUGAAAAACAACCGGCCAUUGAAAGCUUGCGAUGGUUGUAAAGUGAUUGUUGAUGAAGGCACAAAUAUUCUGGUGUUCCCACAAGCAAGAGAAGAGGAUGUUGGGAUAUAUACAGCCAGAGCAAUGAACGUGAACGGAUCAAUUAUGUGCUCAGCUGAGUUCACAUUGUCUGAUGGUAGGGGACUACCAGCCCAGCCAGUUACAGACAGCCCAAUGGACAUGGAUUUUACAACACCCGCAUACUUCUUCCAGAUGUCAAGCUGUGAGGUGGCAGAGGGGAGACUGGCUAGAUUUGACUGCAGGGUUGUUGCUUACCCUAAACCAGAAAUUGUCUGGAUGAGAGAUGGAAAAGUGGUAGAAACCGAGCAACGCUUUAAGCUGCUAAACUUUAACAAUGAGAUUUAUUCCCUGCUUAUACAAGAUGUACGUAUUGAAGAUACUGGACGCUACACAUGCUGGGCCAGGAACAAAUUUGGCGAGGCUAUGACAGAAGCUUAUUUAAAUGUCAUAGCAUUAACUGAGCAAGAACCAGAAGGUGACAUAGCACCAAAAUUUCUCACCAGGUUCUAUGACCAACAAACCACAGAGGGUACUGCUACAGACUUCAAAUGUUUGAUAGCAGGACGUCCUGAACCGAGUGUAACAUGGCUGUUAGAUGAUCUUGAGAUACGUGAGGAACAGGGGGUGAAAAUGAGACGUAAAGAUGGGGUGGUCAGUCUGGAAAUAAAAUCACCAAAAGUGGACCAGUCUGGAACAUAUACAUGUCAACUUAAUAAUCCACUCGGGGAGGCAACAUGCAGUGCCCGAUUGACAGUGGUUGAAGACAAGCUGCACGGGAAAAUGCUGCCAAAAUUCUUGAAGAAGUUUGAUCAUGUGACAGUGAAGGAGGGAGAAGAGGCGAGGUUUACAAGUGUGAUUGUUGGUGAACCGAGACCUGAUGUGACAUGGCUGUUUGAUCAUAAACCAAUCUCUGACACAAACAGAAGGUUUCAGGUGAAGCAGGAAGGAGAUGCCUAUACUCUCAUUAUCAAAAACGUCAGAUUUGACGAUGGCGGUAAAAUCACAUGCAAGGCUUCCAACGAGGAAGGCGAAGUAUACUGCAGUGCUAACUUACAUGUGCGUGAGAGUAAAUACAUGAGAGAUAUGCCAGAACAGACUGGUGUAAAGGGCCAGGAUGAAACAGAUUCUAAAUUUGGCUACAUACCAACAUUUACCAAGCGUCUGCAGGAUCUGGAGGUCAAAGAAGGAGCAAAGGCAACAUUUGAAUGCAAGGUCAUGGGCAUCCCAGAUCCCGAGAUUUCAUGGAUGAAAGAUGGCAGAGUGAUUUCCCCUGGUGGGCGGUACCACAUGACUUUGCAAGGUGGGACAGGUCAGCUUGUGAUUGACAAUGUGACAGCUGCAGAUACGGGAGUUUACACAUGUAUUGUAUCUAACUCACAAGGAAAAUCCUCCUCCACAGCUGCCUUAAAACUUGAAGAACCAAAGAAGGAGAGGUACACACCUGACAGGCUUCUUGAAGAAAGGACUUCAAGAAAAGAGAGAUAUACUCCAGAUAAAUAUUUGCUUGAUGAUUCGACCUCUGCAAAACGUCUGUACCUAGAUACCGAUAGAUACGACAAGUACGACAAAUAUGAUGCAAAAGUCAAGAAAAGCUAUGAAAGCCCGCUGGCUUCUACAAAACUUGAAGAGAGUUACGUGCCUCGCUCAAAGAAGAAGUAUGACAGCCCAAAGAGUUCAUACGAUAGCUUUAAGCCUAAGUUUGACACCUCUUACGAAAGCCCAAAACUGUUGUAUGAUAGCCCACUGAAACAGUAUGACAGUGCUUACACCAGGCUUGAAAGUCCAGUUAGACAAUAUGAUACGUAUAAAAGGUACGAAAGUCCAAUUCGUCAGUAUGAGGGGGUGUCUACAAGGUACGAAAGUCCAAUUCGCCAGUAUGAGGGAAUAUCUACCAAGUAUGAAAGUCCUGUUCGACCAUAUGAAAGUAUUUCGACAAGGUACGAAAGUCCAGUUCGACAGUAUGAAGGAAUAUCCACAAAAUAUGAAAGUCCUGUUCGACCUUACGAAGGUAUUUCAACAAGGUACGAAAGUCCAGUUCGUAUGUAUGACACACCAAGGAGUUUGUACGAGAGUCCUAGAAGACGAUCUUCAGUAGGUAGAGAAGAAAAAAUUAAAGCUAUACCAAAAAUACCUUUUGAUAGGCCAGCAUUGUUGAACAAGCGUGAAGACUCAGUGCAACUUUCCUGGCUCCCAGCACCAACUUAUGACCUUCCUGAUGAUGCUAGACACAUUUCGUACGUUGUCGAAUCUCGAGAAGUGCCCAGCCGAGACUGGACAAAGGUGGCAUCUUCUGUGCCCGGCACUUCAUACACAGUCAGGCAUCUGAGACCAGACAAAGAAUAUGAAUUCCGUGUGCGAGCCCAGAAUCAACAUGGCGCUAGCGAACCUACUUGGAAUGCCACGCUUGAUAAAAGAGUUGAUGAAACUAGCAAACAGUUGGAUUUGCCCGAAAUGCGGGCUCCGCCCAGAUUGCCUACACAUCGACCAAUCAUUACUGAUUUAGGGGAGGAGACUUUGAGGUUGGCAUGGCGACCAGUGGAGACAUACCAGUCAAAGAGAACACCCCCAGUAUCAUACAGACUGGAAGCUAAAGAGCUUCCUGGAAAAGACUGGAUGCCUCUGUCAAGUCGCCUCCGAGACACAACCCACUAUUUGUCUGAGCUUCCACAUGACAGAGAUUACAUGAUCAGGGUGAGAGCAGAGAAUGAUUUUGGUAUCAGUGAACCAACAGAACCUUUGUGGCUUCCCAGGGCUACAGCAUUCCCCGGUGUUCCUGUUACCCGGCCAGAGAUCAUUGACUAUGAGGAUACUAGAGCCAAGUUGUCCUGGUCACGUGUUGAUAUACCUGCAUUUGGAAUGGAUGAUGCUCCACUUCUCUACAUGCUAGAGGUUGAAGAGCCACCACACAAAGAUUGGAGAACCAUCGCCAGAGAUUUAGACGACACUGAGUACAUUGUUGAGGGUUUGAGACCAGGUCAUGACUACAGGUUUAGGAUCCGAGCCAAGACACCAACCGGUAUAGUCAGUGAGCCAUCACCUGCAGUGUCACUCUACACAAAACUUGCCCAGACCAGGGCACCAGUUGACAGACUGGAAGUGUUAGAGUAUGAGCCAGAUACCAGAAGUGUGAAUUUGUCAUGGGACCGUGUAGAUAUUCCCCCAUACAAUAUAGAUGAAGAACCAUUGAUGUACAUGUUGGAAUACCAGGAACCACCACUGCCUGAGUGGAGAACACUUAUUACAGGAAUACCCACUACCAGAUACAGAGUGAUGCACCUUGACAGAGAAAGGGACUACAAUUUCAGGGUUCGAGCUCUGACACCUUACGGAGUCAGCCCACCCUCCCCAGCUUUGCCUGUAACCAUGAGGCAGACACCAGUAACGAGAGGUUUGCCAGAGAAAGUUAUAAUCUCAGAAGUGGAGCCUCACUCUCUGAGGUUGACAUGGCGACGACCAAUGUAUGACCUUGAUAAACCAAUCAAUUACCAGGUAGAAAUGUUGGAAUCUCCCUUUUCUGAAUGGCGACCAAUAGCAACAAGAGUCUUGGAAACCACAUAUAAAGUCACAGGUCUGAAGCCGACGAGGGACUACCAGUUCCGUGUGAUACCUCAGGUAGACACUGGGUACCUCGCUCCUAGUCCAUCAGCAUCCCUGACCACCAUGCCUGUCAAACCAAGGUUACCAUACAAAGAACCAAAAUUGAAAGAGUUGACCCCAGAAUCUGUCCAGCUGUCAUGGGGAUCAGCAGAGACACCUGCAUACCAGAGGAAACACUCGCCGAUACACUACAAGGUUGAGAUGGCAGAGUUGCCAUCCAGUAACUGGGUACCAGUAGCAAGAAAGGUACCAGAGACAACAUUUAAUGUGACAGGACUGAGACCGAACCAGGAGUAUAAGUUCCGAGUGUUUGCAGAAUCAGACAGUGGUUUGAGUGAACCUAGUAUGCCAGUGACACUCUACAGGAAGCCAGGUAAGUUGUUCUUGAUAUGA